AUGGCUAGCCCUCGAACGCGUCGGGUGCUAAAGGACUUGCGCCCAUUGAACGAAAAUAACUACUGCUUCGAGUGCAACGCCAGCAAUCCGCAAUGGGUGUCCGUCUCCUACGGCAUUUGGAUUUGCCUCGAAUGCUCCGGGCUGCACCGCGGUUUGGGUGUCCAUUUGAGCUUUGUCCGUUCGGUCACCAUGGACAAGUGGAAGGACAGCGAAUUGGCCAAGAUGAAGGCCGGCGGCAAUCAGGCUUUUCGAGAAUUUCUCGAGAGUCAGCCGGACUACGAUCCGACUUGGUCGAUGCAACAGAAGUACAACAGUCGAGCUGCUGCCUUGUUCCGGGAUAAGGUUACUACCGAAUCGGAAGGACGUGAUUGGUCCAUUGCAACGUCUUCUGCCAGAAAUUUUACACCUAACGCUGUUGCGGGCGGACUGCGAUCUGGAGGUGGCGGUUCAAAACCGUCGUCGCAGAGCAGCUUGGGCCAAUACUUUGGUGGUGGCUCCCAAUCGAAUGCGUACCAGUCUGGUGGCGGCGCGGGUGGAGUUGGUGAUUCGUAUUCGGGUGGCAGCGGAUUGCAAAGUGAUAAUCGAUAUCAAGGGUUCGGGAACACUCCGGCUCAAUCGAGCAGCGGUGGUGCGAAGAAUUUCUCGGAUUCUGGCGACUUAUUGAAUGGGGCCAUGUCGGGGUUAAGCAUGGGCUGGUCGAUGCUGUCCCGUGGCGCACAACAAGCCGCUUCGGUGGCCAAGGAUCUCGGUUCGCAAGCAGCUCAGAAAGCCCAGGAGAUCAGUGGUGAUAUGGGGCAAAAUAGCGGUACAUACCUCUCCGGCGUGGCCUCCAAGGCGACUGAAAUCGGUGGGAAGACGUGGGACGGCCUCUCGACCUUCGUCAAGUCGUCGUCGAUUCAAGGGAUUGCGAACAUAUUGCCAAAAACUGGUUAUCAAGACAUGAAUAGCCCAUCCGGUGAUCCGAGCCAUGCAGCUCAACAGAAUGCCUACGGGUUCGAUAAGAAUACGACUACUCGUGAUGCUGCCCCCGUGCCAGAGGAGGACGAUUUUUAUGAUGCUCCUUCCGAGCCGAAACCGAAGGCAGCGAAGCCGAAGCCGAAGGCUGCCCCUGUGAACGAGCCGACGUCUUUGAUCGAUUUUGAAACGCCCGAAAUCGCCCCGGGUUCUUCGGAGAGCAAUACGAUAGCGGCGUUCGAGAAAAGCAUCAAGCGGACCAGCCCACGCCCAACCAAGCCCGAACCCAAGAAGGAGACGAAACAGAAGGGCUGGGACGAUGACGCCUGGGAUUUGCUGAACCAG